AGCAGCGGCGGUGGCUCUAGCUCUAGCCUGAGGCGCCGCGCCGCAGCCAUGGCCCUGGUGACCCUGCAACGCUCGCCCACGCCCAGCGCCGCCUCCUCGGCCAGCAACAGCGAGCUGGAGGCUGGCAGUGAUGAUGAUCGAAAGUUAAACCUCAGCUUAAGUGAGAGCUUUUUCAUGGUGAAAGGAGCAGCCCUCUUCCUACAACAGGGAAACAGCCCUCAAGGCCAGCGGAGUCUUCAGCAUCCGCACAAGCAUGCAGGUGACUUGCCCCAACACCUUCAAGUAAUGAUCAACCUUCUGCGUUGUGAAGACAGGAUCAAGCUGGCCGUGCGCUUAGAGAGCGCCUGGACCGACCGCGUCCGGUACAUGGUGGUGGUGUACAGCAGCGGGCGCCAGGACACAGAGGAGAACAUCCUGCUGGGAGUCGACUUUUCCAGUAAGGAAAGUCAAAGCUGCACCAUCGGGAUGGUGCUCCGACUGUGGAGCGACACGAAAAUCCACCUGGACGGAGAUGGUGGAUUCAGCGUGAGCACAGCGGGAAGGCUGCACGUCUUUAAGCCCGUGUCUGUCCAGGCCAUGUGGUCUGCCCUGCAGGUCCUCCACAAGGCCUGCGAAGUGGCCCGGAGGCACAACUACUUCCCUGGAGGCGUGGCGCUGAUCUGGGCCACCUACUACGAGAGCUGCAUCGGCUCCGAACAGAGCUGCAUCAAUGAGUGGAACGCUAUGCAGGACCUGGAGUCCACGCGGCCCGAUUCCCCAGCCCUGUUCGUGGACAAGCCAACUGAGGGAGAGAGGACUGAGCGCCUCAUCAAAGCCAAACUCCGAAGCAUCAUGAUGAGCCAGGAUCUAGAGAACGUGACCUCCAAAGAAAUACGUAACGAAUUAGAGAAACAGAUGAACUGUAACUUGAAAGAAUUUAAGGAAUUCAUAGACAACGAGAUGCUCCUUAUUCUGGGACAGAUGGACAAGCCCUCCCUCAUCUUCGAUCAUCUUUAUCUCGGCUCUGAAUGGAAUGCAUCCAAUCUGGAGGAGCUGCAGGGCUCAGGCGUUGACUACAUUUUGAAUGUAACAAGAGAAAUAGAUAAUUUUUUCCCAGGCUUAUUUGCAUACCAUAAUAUCCGAGUCUAUGAUGAAGAGACCACAGACCUUCUCGCCCACUGGAACGAAGCAUAUCAUUUUAUAAACAAAGCAAAGAGGAACCAUUCCAAGUGCCUGGUCCAUUGCAAGAUGGGUGUCAGCCGCUCAGCAUCCACUGUCAUCGCUUACGCCAUGAAGGAAUUUGGCUGGCCUCUGGAAAAGGCAUAUAACUAUGUGAAGCAGAAGCGCAGCAUCACGCGGCCCAACGCCGGGUUUAUGAGGCAGCUGUCUGAGUAUGAAGGCAUCUUGGACGCAAGCAAACAGCGGCACAACAAGCUGUGGCGCCAGCAGACGGAGAGCAGCCUCCAGCAGGCCGUGGAGGACCCUGCAGGUCCUGGGGACGUCUUGCGAGAGGCCUUGGACGACUCCCUGGAAGCCCAGUUGCCGGGCCUAGAUGAUACCGCCCAGCUUGGGCUCCCAGGAGGCAGGGCCCUGGGAGGGCCCACUGACUCCUGCUGUUUCCAGCGACUCUCAGACCACCUCCUGCAUUCCCCGGACAAUGAAACUGACAGCUCUGUCCAGCUCGACGACCUGGAGAGGGACGCUCUGCUGGAGGAAGCAGCUCAUCCGGCAGAGGCACGCAUGCCUGCCAGGCAGUCCCUGGAAGGCUCUGGACUCUGCGAGAAGGAGGGGAAGAAGAAGCUAGAGUUCGGGUUUCCCAAAGCCCGGACUGGCUCCUUGCUGCAGAUGGUGGAGAUGGAAAGGGAGGAGGGCCCAGCAGCAGGGAGGUGGGGGCAGCCCCCUACCCAGCUCCAGAAAAACCUGCUCAACCGGGAAAACCUAAAUAACAACAACAGCAAGCGGAGCUGCCCGGAGGACUUUGAGCACGAUGCUAUAUUUGGGAUCCUUAACAAAGUGAAGCCUUCCUACAAAUCCUGUGCUGACUGCAUGUAUCCUACAGCCAGUGGGGCUCCUGAGGCCUUUGGGGAGCAGCGUGAGAACCCCCAUGCUCCCGCCAUCUGCACCCAGCCAACCCUCCUGCCCCACCUCGCGUCCUCCCCCGUGGCCCACACAUCCAGCAGGUCCCGAGCUUUGGAGAAGCUGGCCUCAGGCUCAACCGAGACUCCUCCACCUCUGCCACCAGCAGGCGCCAGGCAACCAGACACCAGUGGCUCCGGGCCUGGGGCUGCCCUACUAGCUAGCCUUUUGGAACCUUCUAGAGAGACUGAAAAACCCCUGCCAAAGUCCCUCCUUCUGAAGAAUUCUCACUGUGACAAGACCCCUCCCAGCAUGGAAGUGGUAAAAGAAGAGCCGCCACCCAAGAAAGACCUGAAGCCAGCGAAGGACCUGCACCUCCUGUUUAGUAAAGAAUCCGAGAGACCGGCAACCAAUAGCUACUUGAUGCAGCACCAGGAAUCCAUCAUCCAACUGCAGAAGGCAGGCUUGGUUCGCAAGCACACCAAAGAGCUAGAAAGGUUGAAGAGCAUGCCAGCAGACAUGGCAUCCCCCUCCAGAGAUGGCAUUACCAGCAGGCUGGAGGCCAGCAUUCCCGAGGAAAACCAGGAGUUGGCUCCGCCCUGUCCGUCGGGGCCCCCGGCUUUGCUCCUCCAGGCUGGGAGUGAUGAGAAAUCGGAGGCCGUCCCCCCGCCAUUGGAAGGAGCCUCUCUCAAGAGCCCCACUCCCUGGCUCUGCCGCCUGGAUCACACCAGUCAUUUCUCAAAAGACUUUCUGAAGACAAUCUGCUACACCCCCACCUCGUCUUCCAUGAGUUCCAACCUGACCCGGAGCUCCAGCAGUGACAGCAUCCACAGUGUGCGAGGGAAGCCGGGCCUGGUGAAGCAGCGGACGCAGGAGAUCGAGACCCGGCUCCGGCUGGCUGGCCUCACAGUCUCCUCCCCGCUCAAGCGCUCCCACUCCCUCGCCAAGCUUGGAAGCCUCAACUUCUCCACAGAAGACCUGUCCAGUGAGGCUGACGUGUCCACCAUCGCCGACUCCCAGGACGCCAAAUUAAGUGAGUCUUCCUUCUUGUACGAGCCCCAGCCAACCCCAAGGAACACAAUCACAACCUCUAAGCCGUCAGGGAAAUCUGCCCCAGGAAACUUGACAAGCCCCUCGCAAGGGAGCAAAAGCUGACCCACUCUGCUGUGUUUGGACUUACCUUCUCAGAUGAUCCCUCCCUUAGCUUCACUAUGGAUUCCGGUCAGCCCCAUACGUCUUGAUUUCUUCUAAAAAACUGAAGUUGUCCUAACUCUUCCCCCUCUCUUGCCAUAGAGAGGAGAAGAAACAAAAAUAACUAACAUGCAGCACAAGUUAGAAGGGGAGAUUGCCGCCAUGGGGCCUGGGAGAGCCAGAAACCGUUGGCCAGUAGACACCAAACUACAUGUUUAGUCAACAAGAAUCAUGUUUUAAGAAGAGCAUGUCCAGAUAAGCACACAUAUCAGAAAGACUACCUUUGCAACAUGCAGAAGAAUAGUUGUGACGACGGCGUUGUGUUCGCGGGGCACCCCCCGCGCCGUUCUUACUCAUUCAGGCCCUGGCGGGAAAACUCUUGGAUGGCAACAUAAGUCCUACCUCUGUUCUUGCUGUGCUUUUUGUUUGUAAAAUACGGUAAUGAUCACGGCUCAUUCCAGGGAAUAAUGCUGUGUUGGAAAGGGUUUUUCCAGAAAAAGGAAUUUUUUUUUUUCCGGGUUGGGACCCCCAAAAAGUAUUAAAACUUUUCACUUGACUGUACCAAGCGCUGCUAGGUGAAGUCGAAUGAAGGCGUUGAACGCUGUGGUUGAACUAACUGUGCUCUGUGGUGUCAUGCGUGCAGUUGAGGUUCUCUGCCCUGGUGGUGGUGUUACAGCCGCAUGAUGUGUGUUUGGCUGGCACUAGGCUCAUGUGGGGGGAAAUGUACGUGAUGUUCUCAG